CCACAAAUUUGCACUGUUCGGUUUGUUUUCUUGACAUUGCAACUAGAGAAACCUUUUCCCAAAUCGAAUGUGGACAUGCAUUUCAUUAUUGGUGCAUUAAAACGUGGUUGAAUCAACAUUCUACGUGUCCAGUCUGCAGAAAGGCAGUAAAAAUGCUAUGCAUAUACUCAAAAGUGAUUAAAGAUUACUUAAAAUUAACUUACUGUUAAUCAUUUUCCACUUACUCUUCAUUCAUGUUAUUUACGCAGAAAGAGAAAGAAUUAUUCACUUUCAGUACUGUUAUAUUGUGAACAUUAUCGUGUGAUGUAUUUUGCUCAAUUUUUAAAAAUAUAAGAAAAAAAAAAUUGUUUUAAUUUCUUUGCACAAAGAAAAGAACACCACCUGUAAUUUUGUAAAUACAUAUAUUGGAUAACAUUAAACGCUAUUGUUAUUUUA